AGAGUCAGACAGGAACAAUAUGGCGCCGGGAGGAUCGUUAGCUUCUGGACCAGUCGUUGUCUGAGAGACUGGUUAUCCGGCAGGAUGAACCUCUGCGCCCAAUAUUUACGACAGGCAGAGGCCCUGAAGGCUGACAUGACAGAUUCGAAGCUCGGGGCUGCAGAGGUGUGGACGUCCCGGCAGGCCCUGCAGGAUCUGUACCAGAAGAUGCUGGUGACUGACCUGGAGUACGCUCUGGACAAGAAGGUGGAGCAGGACCUGUGGAAUCAUGCUUUUAAGAACCAGAUCACCACGCUGCAGAGCCAGGCCAAGAACCGAGCCAACCCCAACCGCAGCGAGGUCCAGGCCAACCUGUCACUGUUCCUGGAGGCAGCUAGUGGUUUCUACACACAGCUGUUGCAGGAGCUGUGCACCGUGUUCAACGUGGACCUGCCGUGUCGUGUCAAGUCGUCUCAGCUCGGCAUCAUCAGCAAUAAACAGAGCAGCAGCAGCGCCAUCGUCACGCCGCAGCCCAGCUCCUGCUCCUACAUCUGCCAGCACUGCCUCGUCCACCUGGGAGACAUCGCACGUUAUCGUAACCAGACCAGCCAGGCCGAGUCGUACUACCGGCAUGCAGCUCAGCUGGUCCCUUCCAAUGGUCAGCCCUACAACCAGCUGGCCAUCCUGGCCUCGUCCAAAGGAGACCACCUCACCACCAUCUUCUACUACUGCCGCAGCAUCGCAGUCAAGUUCCCCUUCCCUGCAGCCUCCACCAACCUGCAGAAGGCCCUGUCCAAGGCCCUGGAGAGCCGCGAUGAGGUGAAAACCAAGUGGAGCGUGUCAGAUUUCAUCAGGGCCUUCAUCAAGUUUCAUGGUCACGUCUACCUGAGCAAGAGCCUGGACAAGCUGGACGCUCUGAGGGAGAAACUGGAGGAGCAGUUUCAGAGGCUGAUCCUGCAGAAAGCCUUCAGCUCUCAGCAGCUGGUCCACAUCACCGUCAUCAACCUGUUCGAGCUGCACCACCUCAGAGACCUGACGGCAGACGGUGGCGAGCAGAGCUACAGCAGCGAGCAGCAGAUCAGCUGGUUCCAGCUGCUCGGACUCUUCAUGUCCUUCCUGGCGGUGAUGUGCAGCCGUGCGCUGCUCAACAAGAGCCGCGGGGAGGAGAUCAUGGGCGAGUGUCCUCUGCCGGCAAUCAAAGUGUCUCUGGACUGGCUCAGACUGAGACCCAGCGUAUUCCACGAGGCGGCCGUGGACCAGCGGCAGCACGUCUGGCCCUGGCUGGUGUCCAUCCUCAACAGCUUCCAGCCCAAAGAGGAUGACGUGUCCUGUUGCUCAGUGACGCCCCUGCCGGAGGAGUUUGAGCUGCAGGGUUUCUUGGCGCUGCGUCCUGCUCUGAGGUCCCUGGACUUCACUAAAGGACACCAGGGCAUCCUGGUGGACCGGGACAGGCUGCCGGUCCACACCAGGCACCAGAGACUCAUCAGUCUGGGCAAAUGGGUGGCAGACAACCAGCCGGGGCUGAUCCAGUGCAGAGUAAGUGAAGACGGCCUCCUCGUCUUCCUCACCGACAUUCCAGAGCAGGCCAUUGAGGAGCCUCAGGAGAAGGAGGCUCCGGUGCUGCAGGAGUCGUCCAACGCCGAGCAGACACCCCACGACGGCGGAGGCUCCGGCCUGAAGUCGGUGCUGUCGGCGGGAAAGACGCAGAGCUCGUGGCCCGAUGGCAGCGAGCGGCCCGUUGUCACCUUCAAGGAGAACAUCAAGCCGAGGGAGCAGAGCCGUGAGCCCGCCAGGAACCACCAUCUGAAGGACAGCGGCAAGGAGCGCCGAGACUUCCUCGCCAAGGGCAACGCGGCCGUUGGGAAGGGAGAGCUGAAGAGGGACGGGAAGAGGAAGAGCGAGCUGAAGAAAACCGCUCACGACAAGACGGCCGACGCUGGGAAACAGGUGAAGGCUCAGACGGAGCUCAGGAAGACUCCGGUAUCUGAGGCCAAGAAGAGUCCUGCUACUCAGACUCAGACCACCUCCCAGUUCAUCCCCAUCCACCAUCCUGGAGCCUUCCCCCCCCUACCCAGCAGGCCAGGGUUCACUCCCUCGGCCUACGUGAUCCCACCCCCCGUGGCGUUCCCGGGGCUCCAGGUGAACCCGGGCUUCACCUUCUCCCCUGGAGUGUCGGUGCCCAGCCCUUUCCUGCAGCCGGGCGUGCACAGCCAGGCUGGCAGCCAGGCUGGGAAGCAGUCCCACAUUCCCUACAGUCAGCAGAGACCCUCUGGGCCGGGGCCGGGGCAGGGUCCUGGCUCCGCCGGCCAGGGCCCAGGGCCCAUGAGCCAGGGCCCCUCCCAGGGCCAGCAGCUGCAGGUGCAGGCCAUGAACCAGCAGCAGCAGUCUCCCACCAAACCGGUCCAGCAGGUGGGGAUGGGGAAGAGUCCCCCUCACCACCCGGGGCUGCAGCAGUACAUGCAGGUCCAGGACCAGCCGGCUCAGAUGUGGACCCAGGCGGCGCUGCAGAAGAUCCCGAGCCUGCAGAUGCCCCUGAAGCAGCCUCAGCAGCCUCAGCAGCAGCAGCAGCAGCAGGCCUUCUACCUGGCGCCUCAGGACCCUCUGAAGCUGUACGAGCACCAGCUGCAGCCGCCGGCCCAGCCGCCGCUCGCCAACAUGGACAAGAAGCUCAAGUACCCCAACGUCAACAAGAUGCAGGACUUCUACUGGGAGCCCACCUACAGGAUGGGGGACGGGCUGGCCGUGAUGGCCGACCGGAUGAAGAGGCCUCCUCCGGGCGGGAUCUGCUCCGAGCAGGACGGCUCCGCGGGGCCCCGGGGCCCCCCGUUUGAGGACAACAAGAGCUCGCCUCUUCUACCUCCUGACCUGUUAAAAACUCUAGCAGAUUUUGAGGAGGAGGAGGAGCUUGUCUUUUCUAAGCCUCCUGAUUUCUUCCAGGCCCUGGCCGGCCCCCUUAGCACGGCUCCUGGACCAAACAUCUUUCUGCCGAACCAGACCAGGAUGGAGAGCGGGCCCGAGGUUGUCAGCCAGUCGUCGUCUCUGCUGCCCAUGUCUGGCUUCCCCAUGCAGGAGUACAACCAGAACAGCAUCUUUAGUCAGGCCUACAGGAACCUGCCGCCCAGCUCCAAGCCCGACGCUCCCAUGAUGCACGAGGGGGGGGCCCUCUAUUCCCUGUUUGAAGUGAAUCCCUGGUCCCCCUCCCUCCCCGCCAGCUCUGAUCACUCAACCCCAGCCAGCCAAUCCCCUCACUCCUCCAACCCCAGCAGCCUGCCGUCCUCCCCGCCCACGCACAACCACGGAGCCAUGCCCUUCUCCAACUUCGGGCCCAUCGGGACUCCGGACAGCCGCGACCGCCGCGUGGUGGACCGCUGGAAGGCCGACAAGACCGACAAGACCGGAGCAGUGAGCGGGUUCGGACUGGACUACCUGCCAGCCGCGGCCUCCUCAGCAGCGUCAGACUCAAGCUGGCACCAGGCGGGGCCGACGGGCAGCUCCUGGACCAACCAGGAGUCUCCGAUGGAGGAGUCGUCCUCCACCGUGCUGCUGGACAGACUCAAGUCUAUCUGGUCCAGCUCCAUGAUGCAGCCGGGCCCGUCGGCGCUGGAGCAGCUCCUCCUGCAGCAACAGAAGCAGCAGCGAGGUCACGGCGCCAUGAACCCACCCCACUGAACGGUAGGCCGAGGCGGCGCUUUGUGUCCGGAAGUCAACAAAAACCACCACCAGGAGAAGAACGGGAGGAGAAAAAAACAGAAGUUUGACGAAGACGAGCUCCAACUAAAACGGAAAAUUAAACCGGCGAGAAAAGGUGGAAGCUGGGGAGGCGACACCCCACCCCCACCCCCUCGUCUGCCGAGGAGCGGUGACGCCCCUCCUGGACCGGAGGGCGCGGGAAUCUCUUCUACCGCGGUGCCACGCACCACGCCACUGUUGGGUUUCCUUCAACCCGCAGAAACCUGAACAUUGAGGAACAUAACCCCCCCUCGCCGCCAACACCGCCCCCCCCUGGUUUUGGACAGACGCCACGCCUCCACAACUCCUCUCCCGCCGGGAAGAACUUCCUCUUCCUUUGAGACAAAAUAAUAAUAAUAAUAAAAAAAAUAAAAUGAAGCGACCUCGUGGACGUCUGCUCGGGCCGGUCGGAGCGCCGGUUUUUAGUGUCUCCGCCGCCGCAGACUGAAGCGGGUGCGCUGCGCGGGAGAUCGAGGACGCCGUGUUGGUCGGGUUCAGGGAGGAGGUCAGGUGUAGCACCAGGGGUCAACAUAGACAUCAACAUUUUAUUACUGAGGAGGAGGAGGAGGAGGAGGAGGAGCAGCUCUCUGCAGCUCGGGGUGUAUGACGAAAGGGAAGGUUUGGGUUACAGCUAUAUAAAUAUAUAAAUAAAUAUAUAUUGCCAUAGUUGGACUUUAAGCGGGCCUUGUCUCUUCGCCGCGUUGUGAGGAUCGGGGCGGGACGCUGCUUUGUGAAGCCGGGUGUCACCUGGACUGACGGAGAGCCCGGGCGCCGGGCCGGCGGGACGCGUGACGGGACGGAUGGACGGACAGAGGAACAAGGGAAGCGGGCUAAAGACACAAACACCCGUCAAAUCUUAGGGAUAGUAUUACCGUUAGCUUCAAGAGAUUGCAGAUAUUAACACAAACAAACUGUAUUUUGUGAUUUGUUCGUAGCAGUUUUAGCUUCUCGCCCUCUGGGGUGGUACAGGUAUGUCUAUUAGCCUCCUGCUUGAAUAUUUUUGGGGUUCUCUUUCCUCUUCCUGUUAUUUCUUUACUUAACAAAGAAAAAAAAAAAGCAAAAGAUGUAACCCUGCUCGCUUACUUAACCUGCAUUCACUGUUUCUUUAUGUUCCUGCUCUGCCUUCUCACCACUUUACCUGGUUUAACUGUUUCACCUGUUCCGUUACUGCAGCUGCUGCAGGGGUCAGACAGAGGGGCAGAGAGACAGAGAGACAGGCAGAUGUGCAGACAGACAGGCAGAUGUGCAGACAGACAGGCAGACGUGCAGACAGACAGGCAGACAUAUAGAUGUACGUGCAGACGUACAGACAGACAGACAGACGUCCAGACAGACGGCGUGCAAAUGUACAGACAGACAGACAGACAGACAGACAGACAGACAGACGGCGUGCAAAUGUACAGAGAGACAGACGUGCAGACGUGCAGACAGACGUGCAGACAGACAGACAGACGGAUGUGCAAACGUACGGACGGACAGACAGACAGAUGGACAGACAGACAGUUGCUUGGCCUGAAUGUUUCCACUGUGUUUCUAUGGUAACCACUACUGCAGCUCGACCUGUACAGCUGAUUUUUAAGAGUCAUAGCGUCUGGAAGCUCUGCAGCUUUUCUUUCACCUGUUGACCUGAAGGUCCUGACAGUUACCCCGAAGGUCCCGACAGCUCCAGAGAACCACAGGAACCAGACUCUGGAGCUCAGAGCUCCCUUUGUGACGUCACGUUUCCCUUCAUGUAGAAUCAUGAAUGUGAGUCCUGCAGUGGAGCGAUUUAUUAUUUAACCCAUGACGGAUCACGGUCCUGAUUUUUGGAUCAAAAGUGUGGAGAUGACGGCGUUACGGUUGUGUCUUUAUUAUGCGAUCUAAAAACACCUUUGACUCUGCAAUUAAAAAAUGUUUAAUGUCAAGAUAUGUCUGUUUAAAACUGUGUGAAUGUAAAUCAGAACCUUUUAUUUACUGUUAAAACUUUUGGAUUAAAAAGCAAAUUUAAGGAUUAUUUUUUGAUUCACAUUAUUACAAUUUUAAUCACAAAUUAAUUUUACUUUUACAUUUUUUAAUUGCAGUGUUGAUCUGUCAUCUAAUUUUUCUCUUUUUGUGUUUGAUGCAUAAUAAUAAUAACAUAAAUAAUGCAGCGAAAGAAGCAGAGUUCAGCGCUCAGCUUCAGCUUGAUCCACAUUUCUUUGUUUAGUUGAUAUUUGCUGUAAAAAAACAACAACCCUCAAUCGAUGAAUCAACUAUUUUCUAUAAAAUAUCAAGUAAUUACUUUUGAAUCCAGUUGUGUGUUGUUACAUCAGAAAAGCAUCAACAGAUGUACAGAAGCCCAGAGGGACAAAUCUGAUCACUUUCAUCUUCUGAAAAUAAUAAAAUAAAAAGUUCACUCUUUCUUUUGUUUCAUCUGUGAAACAGAAAAAAAUAUCCUGAUUAAAAAAAGUUACUUUUAUUUUGAAAAAUGGGAUUUUUUAUUUAAUUUUUAUUUUUUUCAACUGUGAAAACAGGUUAAAAUGUGUUUUUUGUUUGUUGGCACGUAUAAAUCAGGAUGGUUUUUCAGUGACCAUUUUUCAUUUAAAAACAUGAAAGAAGUUUUGGAAGAUUAUUUAUUGUGACGAUCAUUUUUUUCACAAUUUUUCUUUUGGCAGUAUAUUUUUUUCCUCCCUGCGCUCAGGACAGAAGGGACAGAACUUUAUUUUGGUUUGAAAUAUAUUUUAAAUGAUAAUUGACCCAGAAGACAAACAUGAAUGCUUCUUUUGGCUUUUCAUCUUUUUUUCAGAAGGAAAAAAACUCAACAGUAACUUCUAAAAAUUGAUUUUGAAAAAGGACAAAACUUUCUCCUGUACUGAGAAAAAUGAUUCAAACAAAACUAUUUUUACGUCUGUUUCAUAGAUGAAAGAAAAUAAAAACAGGGAAACAUCCUGUCAUAAAGAUGUUUGUUUCGUCUCUUAAAACUAUAAAUCUUUAAUAAUUUAGUUUUCCUAUGAGAGAGAAACGGUUCUGAGUUCCUGCAGUUCUCUGUGGUGCUUCAGUCCGUCUGGUUUUGUUUCUGCAGCCAUCGGUCUGGUUGUUUCAGAGCCAAUCAGAAGGCAGAGAAACAGCUGACCAAUCAGGACGAGUGCUGUAAGUGACCUGUCCGGUAGAAACCAGCAGAAAGCUGUUUUUGUUGUUUUCUUUCCUUUUCUACCUGAAACGCUCACCGUUGGGUUCCGAGGGGUUAAAAGAUAAAAAGCUGUUUUAUGGAAGCAGACUUCAGAGACGUGUCUAUUUUCCGUGUGAUUGUGCUUUUCAUGUUGCAUUUACAAAAUGUAUUUGAAAAAUAAUAAAAGAGAAAAUAUUAAUGAAUGUGAGGAUGGAUUUGGCCAGAGGCGAGGGGAGAGGUCCAGGUUUUUUUCUGGACAUUCCAGUCUGUCGGGUGUUUGGAGGUUCAGACCUGAGCUGGUACCGGUUUCUGUCUCUGUGGAGGACUGGUCGGUCCGCCUUUAAAUAAACUCUUCUCCCUCCA